UCGUGCAUUACGCGUAUAUAUUUAGUUUAUAAUUAUAUCAUAUUCAUACCAUGCCUUUACCUUGUAAUAAACCACUUUAAUAUAUAACUCUUCGUUGACCAUUUUAGAACGAUCAAAAUCAAAUCGAAGAAGAAACCACGGCGAAAAAUGGAGAUGUAUGAAGAGAAGAACAGAGGAAUAGAAGGCAAAGUCGUAGCCGUGACGGGUGGGUUGGGUUUAGUCGGCUCCAACAUAUGCCUUGAGCUGCUCCGCCGUGGUGCUCUCCAAGUCCGCUCAUUGGAUUGCCGCACCACCUCUCCUUGGUCAGACCUUCUCAAAGAAUCUGGCAUCCAAUGCAUAAAUGAUGUUGUGAGUGGAGAGGACGUAGAAGAGGCCCUUGAAGGAGUGGAUUGUGUGAUUCAUCUUGCUUCGUACGGUGGUUCGGGUAAGGAAAUGGUUCGGACUCAUCGGAUCGAGGAAGUCAACGUGGAAGGGACGCGUAACGUUUUGGAAACCUGCAUGAAGAAAGGGAUCACGAGGCUAGUGUAUUUAAGCACACACGGUGUCGUUUUCGGUGGGAAAGAGAUUGAGAGUGGAGAUGAAACUCUACCUUAUGUAGCUUCCGAUCAAUACGUUAGUUCAUAUGAUCGGACUAAAUCUAUUGCCGAACAAUUGGUUCUAGAGAACAACGGUCGUCCUGUUGAGAAUGGACGUGGAAGUCUUUUAUCUACGUGUGCGAUUCGUUGCCCGAUUGUUUAUGGACCGGCUGAAGAGAAGUACCUUGAUAGGAUAAUUUCCGAUGCAAGAUUGGGUUUAUUCCUCUUCAAAAUCGGCGAUGCAAGCUCGAAAACCGACUGGAUUUAUGUGGAUAACAUUGUAUUCGCGCUCAUGUUGGCAACCACCGAUUUACUCAAUGAACACUCGAAAGCCUCAGGGAAGGCCUACUUUGUUUCUGAUGAUAAUCCAAUAAAUUUCUUCGAAUUUCUUCAGCCACUUUUAAAGAAUCUUGAUUAUGAUCUUCCCAAGUUAUCGCUAUCAGUUUCGCUUGCGGUUCUACUAGGAACAAUAUGUGAAGCAAUAUACACAAUGCUAACACCAGUACUAAACCAAAGGUGGAUUCCACAACCAUUGAUUCUUCCACCUGAAGUUUAUAAGGUGGGGGUGACUCAUUACUACUCGAUCCGCAAAGCCAAGGAGGAACUCGGGUACGAGCCCACGACACAGCCCAAAGAAGCCAUGAGCGAAACCUUUACAUAUUUUAAAGACAAGAAAAGGAGAGAGGUCGAUGGUCCAAGCAUUUACGCGUGGAUUUUCUGUGUGAUCGGUUUGCCUAGCAUUAUAUCAGUCGCAUGGCUACCGGACAUUGGACCCAUACCGUUGUUUCGAGCCAUUGCGUUGUUUAUCUUUAGGUCGAUGUUAGUGUUGCGGAUAGCAUCGGGGAUUGUGGUGACAACGCAUGUGAGUGAAGCAGUUUAUGCGUUAUGGCUGGCUAAGAGAGUGGAUCCCAAGAAUGCAAAGGCCUGGUUUUGGCGGACAUUACUUCUCGCUACUUUCUCGCUUCGAUUACUUUUGAAAAGAGCCAAAGAAGUAAAACAAUCAUCAACAUUAAGAGAAGGUCUUCUAACCAAUUCGGGGUCGUCAAUUGCUUAAUGAUUCGUCAUGUGAACAAAUUUAAACCAUGCUUCGAAUAUUCACACUACGAUAUCAUUCAUUAUUGAUCAUAUUCGACAUUUUUAAUUGGUAAAAAAUAUUUAGCCGUGGACUUUCAGUUUA